ACAGCAGAGUUUGGCUAAGGAGAUUCAGGAACCUGACUAAUUUUCACGGAGAAACAUGCAGUCGAGAGGGAGCUCGGAUUCAACAGCAGAUCAAGUGAAACUUUUCAACCAGCAGACUUGAGCCGCACACACGAAUCGUUGUAUUGCCCCGAAUCAAAGGGAGAGUUUUAGGCGUUCUGCGCGUAUUAUUCAUGGAUGUCUAGGGAACAUGCACUGCGCUCUGCGGGUCAAUUUCAGCAUCCACGAGGAUUCCUGAUGUGGAACAUGGCAAGGGGGAUGAAGGGAGUGCACCCCGCCGCUUUGAUUUGUACUUUGACGCUAUUAUGUACUGGUGCCGUCCGUGGGCAGGUCUCUUUUAACGAAAUUACGGGAUUUAGUUUGAGUCCCCCGUACUUCAACCUUGCCGAGGGAGCACGGAUCUUUUCUACCGCAACUUGCGGUGAAGAUGAGAGAGGGAGACCGAGGUCAGACCUGUACUGUAAACUUGUUGGAGGACCUACCACGGGACCGCCAAGUCAAACCAUACAGGGUCAGUUUUGUGAUCAUUGCAACUCCAACAACCCCAACAAGGCCCACCCAGUGACCAAUGCCAUCGAUGGCACCGAGCGCUGGUGGCAGAGCCCCCCUCUCUCCAGGGGUCCAGGGUACAACGAAGUGAACGUCACACUGGACCUGGGACAGCUCUUCCAUGUGGCCUAUGUCCUCAUCAAGUUCGCCAACUCCCCUCGUCCUGACCUGUGGGUGCUGGAGAGGUCCAUAGACCACGGCAGAACCUACGUACCCUGGCAGUACUUUGCACAUUUGAAGCGUGAGUGCAUCGAAAGGUUCGGCAAGGAGCCAAACGGCCGCAUAGUCCAGGACGACGACCAGAUCUGCACCACGGAGUACUCACGCCUCGUCCCUCUGGAGAACGGAGAGAUCGUGGUGUCGCUGAUCAACGGGCGCCCGGGCUCCAGGAACUUCACCUACUCCCCGGUGCUGCGGGAUUUCACCAAAGCCACCAACAUCCGCCUGCGCUUCCUGAGAACCAGCACCCUGCUGGGCCACCUCAUCUCUAAGGCCCAGAGAGACCCCACCGUCACUCGGCGGUACUACUACAGUAUCAAAGACAUCAGCAUCGGGGGGAGGUGUGUGUGCCACGGUCAUGCAGAGGUGUGUGGAGAGCUCUCUCCUGACAACCCAAAUAGACUGCAGUGCGAGUGCCGACACAACACCUGUGGUGAGUCAUGUGACCGCUGCUGCCCAGGGUUUCACCAGAAGCCAUGGCGUGCCGCGACGGCGGACAGCCCCAACGAGUGCCAGCCCUGCCAGUGCUACUCCCAUGCCUCGGAAUGCUAUUAUGACCCAGAGGUGGAGCAGCGAGGAGCAAGUUUAAACACCUUCGGCAGCUAUGAUGGUGGAGGCAUCUGCAUCAACUGCCAGCACAACACGGCUGGAGUGAACUGUGAGCGUUGUGUUGAAGGGUUCUACAGAAGCUACGGCGUCCCACCUGAAUCUCCCUCCGGAUGUAGACCUUGCAGGUGUGACUCCAGAACCACCGCUGGCUGUGAGAUGGGGUCAGGACGCUGCCUCUGUAGGCCAUCCUUCACCGGGGACAACUGCGAGCGCUGUGCGACUGGUUACUACGGCUACCCACAAUGCAUCCGCUAUCCAAUCUACCCACCAACCACAAAGUCGCCUGCAGGCCACAUUGUGGAGCCCUCUGUCUGCCCUCAUGGUUAUUUUGGACCACCCAGCUGCCAGCAAUGUGUGUGUGAUCGCAGUGGGUCGAGACAGGAGGUGUGUGACGCCUCGGGUGUCUGCCUGUGUCGAGGAGGGGUGGAGGGUGAGCGUUGUGAACGCUGUCAACCAGGGUACCACUCCUUCCCCAACUGCCAAGAGUGUCGCUGUGAUGGAUCAGGGGUCGCUGCCAGAGACUGCGGUCCCACUGGCCAGUGCCGUUGCCUUGCCAACUAUGGAGGACAGCAGUGUGACCAGUGUGCUCCUGGUUACUAUGGAUACCCAGACUGCGCCUUGUGCCGCUGCUCCAGGACGGGGUCGUAUGACUCGGUGUGUAACCCAGUGUCGGGCCAGUGUCUGUGUCGACCAGGAGUGGUGGGUCAGCUGUGUGACCGCUGUGCUGGGCCUGGCCUCAGCUUCCCCCAGUGCUCAGCCUCCGUCAGUCAGUGUGACCCAGCUGGCUCAGAGAGUACCUUCGCAAACACACAAACGGGAUUCUGUAACUGCUUGGCCCAUGUGGAAGGACCCCUGUGUGACAAAUGUAAACCUCUCUACUGGAACCUGGCCAUGGAGAACCCUGAUGGCUGCAUUGAAUGUGGCUGUGAUUUCAAAGGGACUCUGAGUGGUGUAGGACAGUGUCAGCAGAAAAAUGGCCAUUGUCCCUGCAAACCCAAUACUUGCAGCCACAUCUGUGACUCCUGUAAGGAGGGCUACUUCCUGCUACAAAAAAAGAACUAUUUUGGCUGUCAAGGUUGCCAGUGUGACGUGGGCGGGGCCAUUGGACAGGCGUGUGAUGAUAUGACUGGACAGUGUCAGUGUCGGAAAAAUGUGGUUGGACGCACUUGUACUGAGCCAGCCCCCAACCACUACUUUCCUAGCUUGCACCAGCUGAAGUACGAGGUGGAGAAUGGCAUCACACCCAACGCCAGGCUCGUACGCUUCGGUUACGACCCCCGGGCCUUCCCAGGGUUCAGCUGGAGAGGUUACGCCAUCAUGUCUCCUGCACAGCCAGAGGUGAUCAUAUCACUUGCCGUGGCCUUCCCUGGCCCCUUCCACAUACUAGUGCGCUACGCCACCCCCCGCCAACAGAGGGCGAGGCGGGUGAGGGCCAGGAUGUUGGUGGUGGACGAGGCUGGCUUUCACUCUUGCUGUGACUGGCCUGGCCAGAGUAAGGAGGUGGUCUUUCCUCCCAGCUCCUCCCCAUCCUUCGUGUCUGUGCCCGGGGAUGGUUUUGCAGAGCCCUUCCCUCUCACCCCCGGGAGAUGGGUCAUACGCCUGCGAGCCGAGGGAAUCCUGCUGGACUAUUUGGUGCUUCUGCCCAGCGACUUCUACGAAGCUCCUCUCCUCCAGGAGAAAAUCACCCAGCCCUGCACGUAUACAUCCACCUCCGCCACAAACUGUCUGCUCUAUAAGCACGUGUCGAUGGACAGGUUCAGUUCAGUGCUGGGCUUGCAUGGCCUGCUCUCCACACGCAGAGCUCGCAGGAGGAGGAGGCAAGCCCGCGUGCGGCGCCCCACACCAGACCACCCUGACAUGGCAUCCAUCACGGGGAGACAGACCCAGCUGGAGCUGAGCCUGCGCGUGGCCCAGCCAGGGCCCUAUGUCCUGGUUCUGGAGUACGCCAGCGAGGUGGACACCGUCCAGAACGUCAACCUGCUCAUCACCAGCCAAUCAGAAGCCCAGAUCCAGGCCCGAGCCAAUAUCUAUAGCUGUGCAUAUAGCUUCCUGUGUCGGAGCGUGUCUGUGGACGGAACCAAUCGCGUGGCAGUUUUCCAUCUUACCCACAAGGCCGAGCUAAUUCUCCAGGUCUCCACGGCCUCUUUCCUGCUGUACAAAGUGUAUGCGGUACCUGUGGAGGAGUUCUCCAUGGAGUAUGUGGAGCCCAAAGUGCUGUGUGUCGCCGUUCAUGGACACUUCACUGAGGACAGUCAGUACUGUGUCCCUAGUCGCUACCCCAGGCCUGGCGCGGCUCUGGUUCUAGACGCCGCCCGCGACGGUCGCCUCUCCCCCCCUCGUGGUGAUGUUUCUCGCCCGGCCCAGGAGAGCGAGGACUGGAGGCGGAGGAGACAGUCCGAGGGCCGGUUCUCCCUCCCUGUCCCCCAGAGCGAAGGGCGUCUGCUGAAAUCCCCCCAGACAGAGAUCAGUUUCAGCACCAGGGUUCCUUCUCCGAGCAGAUACGUGGUGGUCGUCCACUUCCGCCAGCCGGAGCACACCACCUUUCCCGUGGAGGUAGUGGUGGACGCAGGCCGCAGAUGGAUGGGUUCAGUCAAUGCCUCCCUAUGCCCUGCGGUGUCAGGCUGCAGGGAGCUGGUCAUUGCUGAGAAGCGCAUCGCCCUUGAUCUUCCCCAGGAGCCACUGACCAUCUCUCUUAGGGUACCACCUGGUAAAACCCUCACUCUGGAUUAUAUCUUGCUGGUUCCUGAUGAUAGUUACACCCCUGAUCUCCUGAAAGAGAAGACGCUGGAUAAAUCUUCAGAUUUCAGCCGACUGUGUGGAGCAGAGGGCUUCUCCAUACACCCCAGGACGUCCUCUCGGUUCUGCCAGGACUCGGCCCGCUCUCUAGUGGCAGCCUUCGACAACGGAGCGCUGCCUUGUAGCUGUGACCAGGCUGGGGCUACUGGACCCACCUGUGAUCCGCUGGGAGGCCAGUGUCACUGCAGGCCGCAUGUGAUUGGCCGCCAGUGUACCAAAUGUGCCACAGGAUACUACGGCUUCCCGUACUGCAGACAGUGCGAGUGCGGGGUGCGUCUGUGUGACGAGGUGACGGGCCAGUGCAUCUGCCCGCCCCAGACGGUGCGGCCGGCGUGCGACGUGUGUGCCAGCCAGACGUUCAGCUACCACCCCCUGCUGGGCUGCGAGGAGUGCGACUGCUCGCCCAACGGCCUGCAGGCUGGCGCCGGCCCCGGCUGCGACCGCGACACCGGACAGUGCACAUGCAAGCCCAGGAUUGGCGGGCGCCAGUGUGACCGGUGUGCUGCUGGAUACUAUGGCUUCCCUGAUUGUGUAGCGUGUGACUGUGCCCAGGGUGGAGUGACCCCUGAGGUGUGCCACUCCAACACGGGCCAGUGUCUCUGCAAGAGAAACAUGCAGGGGGACCGCUGCACUACCUGUCGUGAAGGCUCCUUCCACUUUGAGCCCUCCCACCCCAGUGGCUGUAUCAUCUGCUUCUGCUUCGGAGCCACUGACCAGUGUCAGAGCUCCAGCAAGCGCCGGGGCAAGUUUGUGGAUAUGCAGGGCUGGAGGCUGGAGAGGGGAGACCAGGAGGAGGUGUCCUCGGUCCUCAACCCCAGCAGCAACACACUGGUGGCUGAUAUCCAGGAGCUGCCUGCUGCUGUUCAAGUGCUCCACUGGGUGGCGCCCCCCUCCUACCUGGGAGACAGGGUGUCGUCGUACGGAGGCUACCUCACCUACCAGGCCAAGUCCUUUGGUAUUCCUAGCGAGGGGAUGAAUCUGUUGGAUAGGAGGCCGGACAUCCUGCUGAGUGGCCAGGAGAUGACCCUGGUCCACCAGAACCGCCAGCCCCCCAACCCAGACAGACUGUAUCAGGGACGGGUCCAACUAGUGGAGGGGAACUGGCGUCACGCCAGCAACAACAGGCCCACCUCCAGAGAGGAGCUGAUGAUGGUGCUGGCCUCUGUGGAGGGUCUAAGGGUGCGGGCCCUGUACUUCACCCACAGCCAGCGCCUCAGCCUGGGAGAGGUGGGCCUGGAGGAGGCUUCCAGACAAGGGGCGGGGGGCCCUGCCAGCACCGUGGAGGAGUGCGCCUGCCCCCCACAAUACACUGGAGACUCCUGCCAGAAAUGUGCCCCUGGGUACUACAGAGAGCGUGGAGGGCCCUAUCUUGGGCGCUGUGUGCCCUGUAUCUGCAACGGCUUGGCCAACGAGUGUGAGGAGAAGACCGGGCGCUGCCUGAACUGUCAGUACGACUCUGCCGGAGACAGGUGCGAGCGCUGCAAAGACGGUUACUAUGGAGACCCCGCCCAGAGGACGUGCCGUGUUUGUCCGUGCCCGUUUGAUGUGCCAGCCAACAGUUUUGCGGUGGGUUGCAGCGAAGUUUCUGGAGAGUUCCAGUGUGUGUGCAGACAAGGGUACACCGGAGAGCGGUGCCAGAGAUGUGCCCCAGGUUACUACGGUGACCCGUUGGCUCGGGGAGGGAGUUGCCAGCCCUGUGACUGUAACGGCAACGGAAAUAACUGUGACUCCAGGACAGGAGUGUGCAAGAACACCUUACCCAAAGACACCAACACAGAGGAUCAGUGCCUGGAUUGCGAUAGCUGUGCCCAGACCCUUCUAAACGAUCUGGAGAGGCUGGAUGACGAGCUGAGCAGGAUCAAGACUCAGCUCGAAAACGCCAGUGCCAGCACCUCCUCCCAUAGCCGACUAGCCAAGCUGGAGAAGGCCAUUGCUGACACCAAGAUUCUAGUCAACAAGUUCAGCUCCAGUGUUAACAGUCAGAAGCCCAAGGUUGACCAGCUGAAACAGGACACCCAGACUCUCAAAGAGGACAUUGAUAAUCUCAAAGCCAAGGCCGAUGACAAGGCUACAGAUGCCCAGAAAGCGAUGAAUAACGUGGAAAAGACCCAUCAGAGAGCUCAGGAUCUGGACAGUGAUGUCAAAGACCUGCUGAAGAAGAUCCAGGCUUUGCUGGACCAGCUGAAGGACACAAGUGGAGACACAAUUCCAAACGAGGACUUUACCAAGAUGCUGGAGGAGGCCCAGCGCCUGGUCAAGGAGAUGGAGCAGAAGAACUUUAAUCCCCAGAAGGUAGCGGCCGAGAAGGAAAGAGAUGAGGCGCAGAAACUCCUGGACUAUAUCAAGACCAACAUCAGCAGACAGUGUGAUGUGAACCAGGAGGCAGCUGAGAAGAUCAGUAACCUGCUGAUAGACUACCAGGCCAAGCUAAAUGACCUGGAGGAAGUUCUGAAGUUAGCCAUGGACAUGGUGAAGAAGGCCAACACCCAGAACGGACUCAAUGCCGCGUCCCUGGAAGACCUUCUGAAGCGUAUCCAGGCCCUGGAGAAGGAGCGGGAAACGGUCCAGGGCCAGAUCGCCUUGGCGAAAGAGAAGCUGCGCGACACCGCAAACCUCCUGAAAAUGUUGGAUGACAGCAAGACGGAGUACGAACAGUUGGCAGCACAGCUGGAUGGCGCCAAGACCGACCUCACCAAGCGGGUCAACAUCAUCUCACAGGCCGCCUCCAAGGAGGACUUGGUGGAUCGAGCCGAGAAACACGCAGAGAACCUCAGCAAGCUGGCCAAAGAUCUAGAGGACGCUGUGCGGGACUCCAGCGGGCGCUCCGAUGUGCGCAAUGCCAUGGCAGCCAUCGAGGCCUACAAGAACAUCACCGACGCCAUCAAUGCUGCCGAGAUGGCGGCCAAGGAAGCCAAAGACGCUGCUGACAAAGCUCUGAAGGACGUGAAGAAGGAGGACCUGACAAAAAGAGCUAAGGAUCUGAAGGACAAUAGUAACAAACUUCUGACAGAAGCAGAGGAGGCACAAAGAGAUAUGACAGACGCGUCUAAUGACCUGGCUGACCAGAAGAAACGUCUGAAGGAUGCAGAGAACAAGAAGAAAGGUUUGGAGAAAGACCUCCUGGAUGCUCAGACAGAGCUGAACAACAUCAAGAGAGAUGACAUUGGCAACAUGAUUGAUGAGGCCAAGCGGAAGGCAGCCGCAGCUAACGACACGGCGGGCAGCACCAUGGACAGGCUGGACACCAUCCGCGAGGAGCUGGACAAGAUCAGUGUCCUGCCCUCAAGCACCAACCUCAGUAGUGUGAUGGAGGACGUGGACAAAUCAGUGAAGGAUCUGUUGAAGACCAUCCCGACCCUGGAGGAUAAGAUAGCUGAGGUUGAGAACCUCACCUCCCAGCUCUCCCCCAUCAAUAACGUGACGGAGAACAUCAAGAGGAUCAAGGAGCUCAUUGAACAAGCCCGUGAUGCCGCCAACAGGAUUGUGGUCCCUAUGAAGUUCACAGGCGAGGGCCAUGUUGAGAUGCGUCCCCCCAGAGAUGUGGAGGAUCUGAAGGCCUACACGGCCCUGUCGCUGUCCCUGCAGCGCCCCCUGCUGUCUGGCAGGGGUGACAACCGCAGGCGCAGACAGGCCCCUGAGGACGAGGGAGACAUGUUUGUCCUCUACCUCGGCAACAAGAACACUUCGAAAGAUUACAUAGGCAUGGCCCUGAGGGGCAAUGUCCUGUUUUGUGUGUACAAGUUGAAUGAGGUGGAGUAUGAGAUCAAGACAAGCUCCAUAACAAGAUCCAUUUCUGAGCUAUCCUUUUUUGACAAGGUGGAACUGAACAGGAUCUACCAAGAUGCUGAGGUGAUAUUCACCCAGCUCUUCUCGUCCAACGCACCCAGUCCUCCCCAGACAACCACCAACCAGGGACAGUUGGCCAAGAACCUUCUAGACCUGGACCCAAGGGAUGUGGUCUUCUACGUAGGGGGCUACCCUAACGACUUCACCCCUCCUGCGCCUCUCAACUACCCCAAAUACAAGGGAUGCCUUGAGCUGUUCACCUUCAACGAGAGAUUCAUCAGCCUGUACAACUUUCAGAAGGCAGUCAACAUUAACGUGGAGUUUCCAUGCAAGAGAUUUAUCAAGCCCGCUAAAUGUGACUACUUCGAGGGCACUGGCUAUGCCAAGUUGAGAAUCAGUAAACCAGAGGAUUUCCUGGUCAUUCUUCUCGAAUCCGUCGCCACACGCUCAGAGAACAGCCUGCUCGUCUAUAUUGGAAAUGAGAACAUUUACUACGCUGUGACGAUUGAAAGAGGCUACAUUUUCAUACGCAGUAACCAGCUCCCAGAACCAGUAAAGAGUGUUAACAAAGUCUUCCCUGUGGCUGGAGCGUCGACGAGUGUGAUUGUCGUCAUCAACUCUAAAGCCAAAGAAAUCAAGGUUCGCGUUGACUCUGCGUAUGUGGCUGAGGCUCCUGCCCAGUACAGUCCUGGAAUCUUUGAUGCCUACUACCUCGGUGGCCUACCACAAAGCCUCAGGGAAAAAUCCAACAUCACCGCACCACCCCUGAAAGGAUGGAUCGAAAAGAUCCGUCUGACAGGCAGUAUCCCUGAGUUCCUGGAGAAGGUGGGCAUCAGUCAAAGCUGUCCCACAGACUUUCUGGUGUCUCGGAAGGCUGAGUUUGCUUUGGGCAGUUCCCUGGCAGCCCCAGGCUUCAGUCUGGCCAGCGAUGUCACUCUCUCUCUGGGCUUCAAGAGCACUGAGAACGAGGGUCUCCUACUGCAGAACAGCCAGGAGGGCACUGGAAUAGACCUAGCCUUAAAAAACGGUUACGUGAUCCUAAAGUUCAACAACCAAGUUUUGAAAUCCAAUAAACAGUACCAGGAUGGCAAAUGGCAUUAUCUGACAGUCAUCAAGAGAUCUCAGAGACUUGAGCUGCGUAUCGAUGAGGAGGACGUAGGUCAGCCUCAGAGCUCCUCUUCCUUCGUGGCCAACCCAGACAGCUCUGUGUUCCUGGGGAAAGACACCCUCAAAGGCUGCCUUUCUAACCUCUACACGAGAAGGUCAGAAUAUUUGUACCGGCCUGAGGACCUUAGCAAGUUCAGAUCCUCUGGAGACAUUCUUAUGGACAUGUGCAGCACUGACAGACCCCCCCAGCUGAUGCUGGACAGCAACACCAACAAGAGGACGGGCCAUAUGGAGGUGUCAGAUGAGAGUCUGUCUGUGUGUACACUUCCUGCCCAGGUGAAACAUGCCUUCCAUGUAGGGGGUGCUGUCAGCAGACUUAGCUACAGCCUUCCCCCCACAACUCCUCAGACCAGGCCUCACUUCUCCCUGGACGUCAGGACAAGGUCUGCUGAGGGUCUGCUGUUCUAUGCAGCCACCAGAAGGGGGCAAUCUCACCUUGCUCUAUAUUUGUCCAAGGGUAGAAUAAGACUGUCUGUAGGAAAAAAGAAGGAGAUCUUCAACAGGGAGAAGUACAAUGAUGGAAAAUGGCACUCGGUCAUAUUCAGCCUGGAGAAGAAGAAGUUCCGACUGGUUGUGGAUGGCAUCAGAGCCCAGGAUGGUCAAUUGACCAACGAUGAGGCUGCAUCCAUGGAACUGUCCUCACCUGUCUAUUUGGGCAGUGCCCCAGGGUCCUUACAUUCAGUGUUAAAGUCUAAGCUCCUCCCGAAGCAGAGCGUGGUCGGCUGUGUCCGCAACUUUAAGAAAAAUGGAACUCCCAUGCCAGAGCCCAGUACCAACCAUGGUGCCAGCCCCUGCUUUGAUGGACAGACACAGAAUGGCGCCUAUUUCUCAGGACAGGGGGCAUAUGUCAUUAUCAAUGAUUCCUUUGUUGUGGGAUCCAGCUUUGAGCUGGUGUUUGAGUUCCGUCCCCGCGGUCACAGUGGGGUCCUGCUCCACGUGGGGGACAGCCAGCCAAGACCUCCGUCCAACGCUGGCCAUCACCUCAGCCUCUACAUGCUUAGAGGAGAGGUGGUGGCACAGGUGAACAACGGAGCAGGUGAAUUUAAGGUGUCUGUUAGACCCAAACACACACUGUGUGACGGAACGUUCCAUAGAGUAGCAGUAAUCAAGAGGAAAAACGUUGUGGAGAUGCAUGUGGACACUGUCGGUCACUAUAAAAUUGGACCACCCUCCUCCUCCUCCACUUUGACCAAAGACCCGCUAUAUGUGGGAGGCAUUCCUGAAGUGUCCAGGCACCCGAGCCUCCCUGUCACCUCCUCCUUCCUGGGCUGCAUCCAGAACAUGCAGAUCAACGAGAACCUGGUCUCCUUUGAGAAGCUCUCAGGGGUGUUCGGUCCAGUCAACACCCGCGAGUGUCCAUCCGGAUGAGAGGCCCUUCCAGUCAACCACACCCCGGGACCACGCCCACGCUGGAGGCCACGUGCAAUCAGUCACGGAGAAUGUGUACGUGUGAGGAUGUGUGUGUGUGUGCUGUGUGUGUGUGUGAGAGUGAGUGAGUUGUCAGAUUUAAAUGUUUUGCUCUGAAUCAGGAACAAAGAGAGAGGAACUAUUCUGUUUAUACCUGUAUUUAUUUUGCAGUACAUUCUUUAUUACCACCUUGUUACUGAAUAUAUUCUAAUAUUCGGGUGUUUCAGCAUCUAGUUUCUCAAGCAGUUUUGUGUCUCCGUUUUCUUUGUCUUUCUUGAUCUGGAUUUAGCUCAAUCUAGAUAAAAACGGCUAGAGUGAUUGAUUAGUUGAUUAAGUCCACCAAAUAAGCUACCCUGCACUUUAAGACACAAAAUGCUUGUCACUUACAGUCCAAAGUACGGUAUUCCCUGUUAAUAUUCUGACUAUGAAAGGAAUAUUUAUACAGUAUGACACCUAGCAUUCUUCCCAGCUUUCUACAAAAAACAAUGUCUGCCAAUCCCUGUUUUCCUUUGAUGCAUGUACAUCCUGUACUGUAAAGAGGCCAGUUUACAGUAACCUGCUGACUGGUUUGAACAAGAUGAUUCCACUUCACACAACCUUAGGAUCACAUGGUUUUACAUGUAUUAGCGUUUUUUUGUAUAGCCCUACACAGUAUAUCAAACUCCAUUUCCAUGUACUGUAUGCUUCAAUUGCCUUAUAUGUUCUGAGUGUGUCUGUCUGAAAUUUCUUUAUAAUGCACUAUAUGUAACUUGAUUCAAUAAUCAUUUGAACCUUUUCUAGGUUCCCAUGGGACCAUGGCUCAAUUCCAAUAAUCCAGAAAAUAUGUUGCAUUGAAUUUGGGUAUACCUCAGAUUAGGUUGUGUACAGAUACAUUUACUAGAUAUUUCAAAAUAAAUACAAAAUUUAGCACAAUCCUUGACAUGUGGUCACAAUCUACCUUAAACUACGGAACAAUGCAGUUUAGUAUAGUAUAUUAUAGUAUAGGAGGAUACUGUACAUGUAUUCCUGCCUCUGAUCAUGUUGUUCAUUUGUAAGCAGUUACACAUUGUCCUAUUUAUGUCUCUUGUUAAUUGAUUGGCCAUAGCUAGAUGUUUUUAUUUGUGCAAUCUUUAAGAUCAUUUCUUUAUAAAGAAUAGCAUGUUCAUGUCCAA